CGUCUCUACAAAUCAGUUUUUUUUUCUUCUCUUCUCAUCGCAGUUCUCACCCACCGCCGUGUCCGCUGGUUUUUUCCGGAUCUGACCCGUACCCCGUGUCGGAUCGCGUCGACUCAGGUACAGCACCCCAAAUUGCCGAGUCCGGGCAACGAAGGUGGCAUGGUGUGUGAACUGUGAACAGAGUGUUUAAGAGUUGAAUACGAUGAAGUAUUAUGGAGCUUGAAGAACUAAGAAAAACUUGCUAUUAGCAAUUAAAGUUUCAAGCUUAAAAAUGGGUAUGAUAUGGUCCUGACUGCAUAAGCUACUGUCCCUAGCAUUGGUAUGUUUCGCGCCAGAAGUAUUUGUGCUCGAUUCUCAACCCAUUUCAAGACAAGACCCUUCUGCAGCAGCAUCAAAGAUGGCAAGAACAAGAAGAAGAACAACAUCGACAUUGUUGAUGGCAAGAUUGAAUCAAAUGUGAGCACUUUCAAUGAGUCGUAUCGUCAGCUUGACAAUCUUGACUUCUUGACUGCUGCUAAGAUCCUCUUCACUCAUCCACCAAAGAAAAAGAAAUUUGGGCUAGAUUUCCAUUUGGUGCAGCUUUUCUUUGCGUGCAUGCCUUCAUUGGCUGUGUACUUGGUAGCUCAAUAUGCUCGCUAUGAAAUGAGGAAAAUGGAAGCGGAGCUAGAGGAGAAAAAGAAGCACGAAGAAGAAGAAGAAAUGAAAAGGAAGCAAGAAGAAGAGGAGAAAGAUAAAGAGGUGGAACAAAUUGCGCCUGAUUCAGAGCUUUUCGAGGUAAAAAGGAGACUAGGUAAGCUAGAGGAGGCAGUAAAGGAAAUCGCUGUUGAGUCAAAGAAACAAUCGGCAGUUAGCAUAACUAAAAUUCAGCAAAAUGCUAGUGAACCGGGUGAAGACAAAAGUAAAUCAGAGUCUAGCAGUUCUGCUGUGGUGCAAGACAAGGCUAUCAAACAAAAAUCUACCGGACAAAUACCAAACGCUGAUCCUAGCAAUGCAAGAAGUGUAUCACCAGAUUCUGAUGCUUCCCGGAAGGAUCAAAAGGGUGAGAACCAGAUUGGAGGACCUUCUCAAGAUGCCAAAAGAUGACGAGCCUUUUGUGGUAUACAAACAAAACUUCUAUUCUUUUUCGCUUUUUAAGAAAAGCAUACAGCACUUUGACAAAGUCUAUUGGGACAAAUACCAAAUGCUGAUCCUAGCAAUGCAAGAAGUGUGUCACCAGAUUCUGAUGCUUCCUGGAAGGAUCAAAGGGUGAGAACCGGAUUGGAGGACCUUCUCAAGAUGCCAAAAGAUGAUGAAGAGCCUUUUGUGGUAUACAAACAAAACUUUCGUUCUUUCUCUUUUUAAGAAAAGCAUACAGCACUUGCACCAAAGUCUAUUGACCCGAGGAUAUAGUGUGUGCUUUACUUCUCUCUAGUGGCACAGGUGAUGAAGAUAGGUUAUCCGUUUGCAUUGCUUGUAAGGGAUGUCGAUGUGCAUAGAUUGCAUUCUACUCUCACCAUGACAGUGUCUGACAUCUAAUAAGUAUUUAAUCAUAGCGCUCAUCUGCUCCUGUCUUUGAUCACGGCUGCUGUUUCGAAAGUUGAACUUUCAACCAUAAUUGCUUGUUUUAUUCCAAUUUAUAGUUAAUGUUUUUCUACAUUUA